AUGGUCCUUGACAGUGCCGACGACCCCGACGUGUUCGGCGCUGGCAGUAACCCUAAACGACGUCCGCUAGCUGCCUAUCUUCCGCAGAGCCCAAACGGGUUUCUUCUCGUCACAACACGUGAUAAGGAUCUAGCUUCUAGGCUAGUAGGGGGGUACAAGAAUACAAUCAAGAUCGGGCCAAUGGCGCAGAGUGAUGCUCUGUUGCUCCUGGAGAAGAAGCUGGGAUCGCUCUCGGAUACAGAUAUGGCGGUAAAUCUCGUGCGGGCGCUCGACCUUGUGCCGCUUGCCAUCAGCCAGGCGGCGGCCUACAUUCAGAGAAUGUCGCCACGGAGCUCGCCCAAGAAGUACCUAGACGAGUUCCGAAAGAGCGAGCGGAAUCGGAGAAAGCUUCUGCAAUAUGAUGGUGGGGACCUGCGGCGGGACGGAGGAGCAUCUAACGCGAUACUUACGACGUGGCAGAUAUCCUUUGACUACAUCCGGUCUAAGCAGCCCUCUGCGGCGAAUCUGCUGUCGCUUAUGAGCUUCUUUGACCGACAAGGCAUCCUUGGAUGGGUGCUAAACCCUUCGAGAAUUGCCCAGGACGGCGAUGUUAGCUUCGAAGAUGAUGUGGCGAUGCUAAGGGACUACUGUCUCAUCACCGCAGACGAGACAGAGGACAAGUUUGAGAUGCACGGGCUCGUGCAGCUGUCGACCAGGAGAUGGCUAGAAACGUUUGGGCAGGAGGAGACGUUCAGGUGUGACGAACCGUUACAAGCACAGGAGUAUUAUCGCUGGGAUAGAACAAUAGAGUAA